UGUGUGUGCGUUCGGGUUCAUGUUCAGAAGGCAGGGCGUUGGACUAAGUGGAUAAGCAAGAUUCCGGAUUAGCCGACCCAGGAAAUAUCAUUAUCGUGACGAGUAAACUACAUAGCAGUGGCAGGCGAAUAGUGUUGAUACGCAACUAGUGCGAAGGAUUCAUCUGCACUGGGACAGAUUAGGUGGCUUCUUGUAUGUGAGAAAGUCGCGUUGUUCGGGUGCGCCGGACAUGGUCAACGAGUGAACAGUAGUGCUGAAGUACUUCCGCUUGAUUUUCCAACCAGCCAACCAGCCACGGCGAGAUGUCGCAGGAAAAAAUCACCCUUGCGGACGCGCUGUCCAACGUCGAGGUGCUCGAUGAGCUGCCGCUACCGGAUGAGCAGCCGUGCAUCGAAGCACAACCUUGUUCCGUGGUUUACCAGGCCAACUUCGACACGAACUUUGAGGACCGGAACGGCUUCGUUACGGGCAUCGCGAAGUACAUCGAGGAGGCGACUACUCACGCGAAUCUGAAUCAGCUGCUAGACGAAGGCCAGAAGCACGCAGUGAUGCUGUACACCUGGCGGUGCUGUUCACGCGCGAUCCCUCAACCGAAAUCGAACGAGCAACCCAACCGAGUAGAAAUCUAUGAGAAGACGGUUGAAGUGCUCAGUCCGGAGGUGAACAAGCUGCUAAACUUUAUGUACUUCCAACGCAAAGCGAUCGAGGCAUUCUCAGGCGAGGUGAAGCGACUGUGUCACGCGGAAAAGCGUAAAGAUUUCGUCUCGGAGGCAUAUCUGCUAACGCUUGGCAAAUUUAUCAACAUGUUCGCCGUGUUGGACGAGCUGAAGAACAUGAAGUCAAGUGUGAAGAACGAUUACAGCACCUACCGGAGGGCGGCCCAGUUUCUCAAGGUGAUGACUGAUUCACACAGCUUGCAAGAGUCCCAAAAUCUGUCAAUGUUUCUGGCGACGCAAAACAAAAUCCGUGAUACGGUGAAAGACACACUAGAGAAAAUCUCUGGCUACGAGGAGCUGUUGUCGGAUGUGGUUAACAUUUGCGUGCACAUGUACGAGUCAAAAAUGUACAUGACACCGGAAGAGAAGCAUAUGUUGGUGAAGGUGAUGGGAUUUGGACUGUUCCUGAUGGACUCGGAGAUCUGCAAUAUCAAUAAACUAGACCAGAAGAAGAAGUUGAGACUCGACCGAAUCGAUCGAAUCUUUAAAAAUCUGGAAGUGGUACCACUGUUUGGUGACAUGCAAAUCGCCCCGUUCAACUACAUCAAACGUAGCAAACACUUCGACCCCAGCAAGUGGCCGUUAUCGAGCUCGGCUGCGAUUAGCCCGCAAGCCGACCUAAUGGUGCAUUUACCGACCAUUCGCGAGGAUCACGUGAAGUACAUUUCGGAACUGUCGCGUUAUAGCAACGAGGUGACAACGACGUACAAGGAUAACGCGACGGAUGCGGAAAACAAAGCGACCGCCGAUUUGGCACUUCGCGGUCUGCAGCUGUUGUCCGAAUGGACGUCCGUUGUAACAGAGCUGUACUCGUGGAAGCUGCUGCAUCCAACCGAUCACCACCAAAACAAAGAGUGUCCCGUGGAAGCCGAAGAGUAUGAGCGUGCUACUCGCUACAAUUACAGCGAAGAUGAGAAGUUUGCGUUAAUCGAGGUAAUCGCCAUGAUCAAAGGAUUGCAGGUGCUGAUGGCACGUAUCGAGACAGUACUGUGCGAAGCGAUUCGGCGUAGUAUCUAUGCAGAGUUGCAAGACUUUGUGCAGCUGGUUCUGCGGGAGCCGUUGCGGAAAGCGGUGAAGAACAAGAAGGAUCUAAUACGUUCGAUCGUAAUGUCGGUGCGCGAGACGUGUGCCGACUGGCAGAAAGGCACUGAACCGUCGCAGGAUCCGGCGCUAAAAGGCAAGAAGGACCCGGACAGUGGCUUUCCCAUCAGCGUGCCGCGGCUGAAUGUAGGCCCUUCAUCAACACAGCUGUAUAUGGUGCGCACAAUGCUGGAGUCACUAAUCGCCGACAAGUCGGGUGGCAAACGUACGCUGCGCAAAGAUAUAGACGGCUCCUGCUUGCUACAGAUCGAUGCGUUCCACAAAUCCUCGUUUUACUGGACCUAUUUGCUAAGCUUUAGCGAAACGUUACAGAAGUGUUGCGAUUUGUCACAGCUAUGGUACCGCGAAUUUUACCUCGAGAUGACAAUGGGCAGAAAGGUGAACAAAUGUACGGUUCGGCAUCAGCACAACGAAGAAUGCAGUGAUCUUAUAACGAUGGAGAAACGCAUUCAGUUUCCAAUCGAAAUGUCGAUGCCCUGGAUACUGACCGAUCACAUUUUGCGUACCAAGGAACCAUCAAUGAUGGAAUACGUACUGUAUCCACUCGAUCUUUACAACGAUUCCGCACUGUAUGCACUCACGAUCUUUCGCAAGCAGUUUUUGUACGACGAGGUCGAAGCGGAGGUCAAUCUUUGUUUCGACCAGUUCGUUUACAAGCUGAGCGAGCAGGUAUUUGCCCACUAUAAACAGCUAGCCGGUAGCAUCUAUCUCGACAAGCGAUUCCGUGUCGAGUGCGAGGUGUUGGGCUUCAACUUUCAAUCACAUCCUCGCAACAACCGUUACGAAACGCUGCUAAAACAGCGCCAUGUUCAGCUGCUCGGCCGAUCGAUCGAUCUCAACAAGCUGAUCACGCAGCGUAUCAACGCUGAUAUGCAAAAGAGUCUCGAGCUGGCGAUCUGUCGUUUCGAAGCAAGCGACAUUACUGGUGUGGUGGAGCUAGAGGCACUACUAGCCGUAAACAAGCUUUGCCACAAGCUGUUGUCCAAGUGGCUCGCGCUGGACGACUUUGACGCGAUGCUGAAGGAGGCGAACCAUAAUGUGCUCGCACCGUACGGCCGCAUCACGUUGCACGUUUUUGUCGAGUUGAACUAUGACUUUCUUGCCAAUUACUGUUACAAUGCUGCCACCAACCGCUUUGUGCGCAACAAGCUGCAGAUCUCCUUCUCGGGGCCAAUCACACGCGAAAAAGCUCCUGUCAUGUCUCACUACUACCUGUGGGGUUCAAAGCCGCUCAAUGCAGCUUAUACAACGCAGUACGGCCAGUACAAUGGUUUCGUAGGAGCGCCUCACUUCCACGCGAUUUGCCGGUUACUGGGCUACCAGGGAAUAGCGGUCGUGAUGGAGAUCAUCCUGAAGGACAUCGUAAAGCCGCUGGUACAGGGCAAUCUGCUGCAGUUCACUAAGACGCUGAUGUCGGCGAUGCCAAAGAUGUGCAAGUUACCGUUGUGCGACUACGGUUCGCCGGGUGUACUGAGUUACUAUCAGGCUCAUCUGGUCGACAUUGUGCAGUAUCCGGACGCGAAAACCGAACUGUUUCAGUCAUUCCGCGAGAUGGGCAAUUCGAUGCUCUUCUGUCUGUUAAUCGAGCAGGCCUUGUCGCAGGAAGAGGUGUGCGACCUUUUGCAUGCGGCACCCUUCCAAAACAUUCUACCGCGCCCGUUUUGCAAAGACGGAGAAAAGCCAGAAAGCAAACAGAAGCGACUCGAGGCAAAGUAUGCCUCACUACAGAUAGUCCCUAACGUGGAGAAGUUAGGUACAGCGAAGCAAGCUAUGAUCGCUCGUGAAGGUGAUCUUCUGACACGUGAGAGGUUAUGCUGUGGAUUGAGCAUAUUUGAAGUAAUUUUGGGCCGUGUUAAGUCGUUCCUUGACGAUCCCAUUUGGGCUGGACCGCUCCCGAUCAACGGUGUUAUGCAUAUCGACGAAUGUUCCGAAUUCCAUCGUCUCUGGUCGGCACUUCAGUUCGUUUACUGCAUCCCAGUAGCCGGCACCGAAUACACGGUUGAGGAACUGUUCGGCGAGGGCCUACAUUGGGCUGGAUGUACCAUCAUUGUACUGUUGAACCAGCAGCGCAAAUUUGAGGCACUGGAUUUCUGCUACCAUAUACUGCGCGUCCAGCGAGUUGAUGGUAAAGAUGAUACGGUGAAAGGAAUUAAUCUGAAACGAAUGGUCGACCGCAUCCGACGCUUCCAGGUACUGAACUCGCAAAUCUUUGCCAUUUUGAACAAGUACCUCAAGAGCAACGAUAUUGAAGGAUCCAACGUUGAGCAUGUUCGAUGUUUUCCACCUCCACCGCAUCCAAGCGUCGCUCCGUCGCACUAUCAUGAUCCGAACAAGCUGCGCACCCAGUAGGCGCAUCUUCGAACGAUAGCGAUACUCAAAUGAGUGUUCCACUCCGAUGAUAUUGGAACUCAAUUGGAAAUUGUGUGUGUGCAAGAAUUGCAAAUCAAUUUGCAUUUUUUUUCGUUCUUUUUGCCUUUAUAAUUGGGAUGAUUGUUUAUGUUAAUAUUUGCGUAACUAGCCUAAUUGCUAGAACAGACGGCUUAUUUGAUUGUUAAGUAUUCCGCUAAACAUUACGGCAGUUAGGAUUAAGCGCGUUAUAUCGAAUCCAGAACCUAAGCGUCACAUACAUUAUUUAAAGCAAGUUCGGCGAAAGGUCAUUACUGCAGAAGCAUGUUCAAUGCCACGGGAAAGUACGAGCAUAGCACGACAUCUUGGUUAUGCUGUUCGAAAAAAGGGCAUCGUUAAAUUGUGCGACGAUUUUCUGUGCCAGUGUGAUGGAUAUACAUCACAUGCGCAAUGCUGGCUUAAGAACGCUAUAUCGUUUAAUUUUGAUAGCUUAUUGCCUUUAGCCGCAAGUAGUGAUUGGCAUUUUCGCAUUUAUUUGUCAUCGUGGUUUUUCUCCAUUACUUUUUUUCUUUUUAUAGCCAUUCGUAAUUUUAUUGAAACACACACUAUUUAAAAAGAUUCAUUCAUUCUAAGAUCACGUAUGCCAAAACUGUGUACGUAACAUAUGUGACGACCGGCCACGGUGGUUUGCCGCAUCGUUUGGCAACACCGGAUCCCUGUUCCAUGCCCGGAAGAGAAUCGAAUCGACCAAACGCACUUAGGUAAUCACUGUGGCAUGGUUUUCGGCUACACAAAGAAGGGACACGUUUCGUAAUAAUAAUUAAUAUAAAACAUGCAAUAUUGAAGUAGCUGUAAGUGAUAAAGUAGACGAGGAUGAAUGAUAACGAAGGCUAUAAUGAUUGUAUAUGAUCGGGGCUACGCUAGCGAGGCGCGAAAAAGCGUAUUACAUUCACAAGCAGUACACGCCAAAUGUCCUCCUAAUCUAUACCCCUCCCCUUACUGCUAACGAAUAGUAAACGUAUUCAGCUAAAUGUUGUGUAAACAUCCAAAUUACGAAUAAACAUACUCAUUUACUCAUAA